AUGAAGUCGUUUUCGUUGGGCUUUGGAUUAGUGCUUAUCCACAUUAUAUAUAUAACAGAAUGUCGAGAAUAUCAUUAUCAAAAACCGCAACGACCUUUUUUGUCCGGUGGAACACAACAGCCACAACUAUCACAACAACCACAACAGCCACAGCAGCAAAUAUUAGGAUUAGUUCCACCACAAAGAACACAACAACCUAAAACAACUAUAAUACAUACAGGUGGAAAACGUUAUGAAGUACAAAUGAUUAGUUCACAGCGAAUUUUUGAGGGCCAUCAUACACCCCAUCACGCUGCCUAUAAUAUUCCUUUAAAUAAUGUACCACAUUACAAUUCACCAGUUAAUAACUACCUACCCCCUGCACAAGUGCCUAGCAUACCUGUAAAUCCUGGCGGACAAGCACAUUUCACAACAGCAGCAGUGAAUCAAAAUUACGCACAACAUGCUGCUCGCAAUGUUUACAAUACACAGACACAAUAUGCUGCCAAUGCAAAUGUUGCACAACAUAAUACCGCUUAUCAAACACAAAAUGUUGCUGCAAUACAGCCACAAUACAGCGCAAAUAUAAAUCCAUUACUUCAAAAUGCACAUGUCCAAGCACUACAGCAACAACAGCCAACAUAUUAUAAUAACAAUGCACAAACUUCCUAUGCUCCCCAACAGCAACUUCAACCUGCAUAUGCUGGCGCACAACAAUACGGUGGAACUUCAUCCCAACAAUCACAACUGCAACAACAAACUGGUAACAGAGGUGACUACGUGUCACAAUCAGAAGCAUCAGCUCUAGAUUUCUAUCCAUAUAAACAAAUUAAUGGUGAUACUCGCAGCUUUACGCGACAUAUUAAUAACUGCGGCAGCUAUGGUGUACAAUGUCAAAAUGUUGCUAUGGGACCAGGUCAAGUGGAUGCACAACAUCAAAAAAUUGUAAGCGAUGCACGUGCAAUUGUAACCCCAGUUUCAGAAAAAUGUCAGAAAAUAGCUGCAGGAAUAGCAGGAGAUUCGCGUGAUUACGCUGGUGGUUCAUAUUAUCGAAAACCAGAAUUAUCUGAAGUUAGACCCAAAAACCGACGCCUUUAUGAAUACUCUGAAAUAGUACAAAAUGAUAUAUAUAAUUAAAAACAAAG